AUGGGCCCCCUGAGGUCCUGGGGGGUUAAUAGGCUGCUGCUGCUGCUGCUGCUGUUGCUGCUGCCGCUGUAUGCUGCUGCAGUUUAUUGCUGUGGCAGCUACUUGGAAGCGCUAGGUCAGCUGCUGCUGCUGCUGCUGCUGCUGCUGCUCCCGCUGCUGCUGCUGCUGCUGCUACUCGCGCUGCUGCUGCCUUUCCCUACAACAGCUAUCGGCCUGCUGCACCCAGCAGCAGCAGCAGGAGGGGGAGGGGAGAGGGUCCUGUGGGCUCUUGUUGCACACCUGCUGAAGCAGCAGCAGCAGCAGCAGCAGCAGCAACUGCAGCAGCAACUGCAGCAGCAGCAGCAGCAGCAGCAGGGGGUAGAAGCAGCUAAAAAAGCAGCAGCUGAUGAGCACCGCAGCAGCCUAACGCGGCGUCGCUCCAAGUCCAGCAGCAGCAGCAAAACCCAGCAGCACCAGCAGCAGCAGCAGCAGCAGCAGCAGCAGCAGCAGCAGGUAUCUAUCAGCAGCAAAGGCUGUGUUUCUUCUUGUGUAUAUGCUGUUCCUGCUGCUGUUGUGGUGUAUGUACGCAGCGAUUGCUGCUGGCUGCGGGGGGCCCCCCCUGUAUCUACUUUAGCAGCAGGGGGCCCCCCGUUGCUGCUGCUGCUGCUGCAGCAGCUGCUGCAGCAACUGCAGCAGCUGCUGCAGCUAUCACGCCAGGAUAGAAGCAGCAGACAGCAGCAAAGCUGCUGCUUCUCGCAGCUGCUGCUGCAGCAACGCUGCUACCCUGUCUAUAGAGGCAGCGCAUGCACAGCAGCAGUUGCUGCUGCUUUCGGUAUACACCUCGAUGAGCUGCUGCCGCCACCCAGCAGCAGCAGCAACAGCAAGCAACAGCAGCAGCAGCAGCAGCAGCAACAGCAGCAGCAGCAGCAGCAGCAGCAGCAGCAGCAGCAGCAGUCCUUUGGUCAUAUAUUCACUACCCCUUCAUCCAGAGACACGCUGCAGCAGCAACAGCAGCAGCAGCAGCAACUGCAGCUGCUGCUGCUGCAGCCGCUGCAGCGCAUGCAGAGGCUGCUGUGGCGGCUCUUCUAUGGCCACACACAGCAGCAGCAGCAGCAGCAGCAGCAGCAGCAGCUGCAGCAGCAGCAGCAGCAUGAGGGGCUGACGGGGCUCUCAGCAUAUAUUCACUACCCCUUCAUCCAGCGACGCGCUGCAGCAGCAACAGCAGCAGCAGCAGCAGCAGCAACAGCAGCAGCAGCAGCAGCAGCAACAGCAGCAGCAGCAGCAGACAGUAGGGAUAUGUUCUCUGCUGCUGCUGCGGACCGGCAGCAGCAGCAGCAGCAGCAGCAGCAGCAGCAGCAGCAGCUGUGCAACUCUGUGGUGUAUAGGCAGCUAUCAACUGUUUACCGUUGGACUUUGUGGCGUCUAUACAGCUGGCUGCUGCGCUCGCUGCUGCUGCAGCAGCAGCAGCAGCAGCAGCAGCAACAGCAGCAGCAGCAGCAGCAGAAGGCUGAACCUCUGUUGCUAGCUCCUGUGUGCUACCCUCCAAGUCUCUGCGCUGAGCAGCAGCAGCAGCAGCAGCAGCAGCAACAGCAACAGCAGCAGCAGCAGCAGCAGCAGUUGCUAGCUCCUGUGUGCUACCCUCCAAGUCUCUGCGCUGAGCAGCAGCAGCAGCAGCAGCAGCAGCAGCAACAGCAGCAGCAGCAGCAGCAGCAGCAAGAAGAUGCCCAGGAUGAAUGGACGCUUCUACCGGACGUCUCGCAGCGCGACGAUGCGUUGCUAGCUCCUGUGUGCUACCCUCCAAGUCUCUGCGCUGAGCAGCAGCAGCAGCAGCAGCAGCAACAGCAGCAGCAGCAGCAGCAGCAGCAGCAGGAAGAUGCCCAGGAUGAAUGGACGCUUCUACCGGACAUCUCGCAUCGCGACGAUCAGCAGCAGCAGCAGCAGCAGCAGCAACUGCAGCAGCAGCAGCAGCAGCAGCAGCGUAAGAACCGUAUUAUGUCUGUUGGUCAGUUUCGUGCAGAGAAGCAGCAGCAGCAGCAAAUAGAUAUAUUGAGGUGUAUGUACACCUCAUUCCCGCUGCUGCUGCAGCAAGACACACACCUGCUUGUCUGCGGAUCUAUAAGGGGAGCAGCAGACUGGCUGCUGCUGCAGCAGUGCAUGCGCCGCGCAUGCACCAGCAGCAGCAGCAGCAGCAGCAGCAGCAGCAGCAGCAGCAGGAAGGAAGAAGCAGCAGCAAAAGAGCUGCAGCAGUGCAUGCGCCGCGCAUGCACCAGCAGCAGCAGCAGCAGCAGCAGCAGCAGCAGCAGCAAGGAAGAAGCAGCAGCAAAAGAAGCAGCAUUGAGGGGAGAAGCUGUGCUGCUGUCUGCCGUCAGUUCUGCUGCUCCUCUCUUCCUUUCUCCUGUUGCUGCUGCUGCUGCAGCAGCAGCAGCAGCAACCCCAGCAGCAGCAGCAGCAGCAGCAGCAGCAGCAGCAGUUGAAACUUAUAUUGAGGAUACCAUCGCAGCAGCUAGCAGCAGCAGCAGCAGCAGCAGCAGCAGCAGCAGCAGCAGCAAGCCCUCUUCUUUCUUUCUCGUCACAGCAGCAGCAGCAGCAGCAGCAACCCCAGCAGCAGCAGCAGCAGCAGCAGCAGCAGCAGCAGCAGCAGUUGAAGCUUAUAUUGCGGAUACCAUCGCAGCAGCUAGCAGCAGCAGCAGCAGCAGCAGCAGCAGCAGCAAGCCCUCUUCUUUCUUUCUCGUCAAUGCACACAACGAUCUGCUGCUGCUGCUCCUUAAAACUGCUAAAACAGAUAUACUUCGUUCUGCUGCUGCUGCUGCUGCUGCUGCUCCUGCUGCUGCUGCUGCUGCUGGCGGUGGUGGUGGUGCUGCUGCUGCUGCUGGUUCAGCUGGAGAAGUAACGCAGAAAGAUCAGCAGCAGAAGCAGCAGCAGCAGCAGCAGCAGCAGCAGCAGCAACUGCAGCAGCAGCAGCAGCAGCAACUGCUGCAGCAGCAGCAGCAGCAAUUAAAUAAAGCUAGAAGGCUCGCGCUGCAGUGCUGUGCUGGAGAAGUAACGCAGAAAGAUCUGCAGCAGAAGCAACAGCAACAGCAACAGCAGCAGCAGCAACUGCAGCAGCAUUUUGGUUUUUUGUGUGAAGACACCCAAAGUUUUGCUGCUUGCUGCUGCAUCGGUCUGCUGCAGCAGCCUGCUGCUGCUGCUGCUGCUGCUCCUGUUGCUGCUGCUGCUUCUCCUGCUGCUGCUGCUGCAGCAGCAGCAGCAGCAGCAGCAGCAGCAGAGGAGAUUGUUGCACCCGUGCUGAGGAGGGCCGCUGCUUCUCUCUCUCGCUUCCCCUCUGAUGCAGCAGCAGCAGCAGCAGCAGCAACAGUGCUGCAGCUCAAGCCUUAUACACCCCCAUGUAUAACCCUGCAGCAGCAGCAGCAGCAGCAGCAGCAGCAACAGCAGCAGCAAGAGUAG